AUGACCGAGAGGAGAAAGCAGAAAUAUGGCCCAAUCUAUAAAGAAAAAAUGGGAAAUUUUACAAUUAUCGUUGUCUCCGACGCUGAUGAUGCACAAAAAGUCCUACGUGCAGAAGGUAAAUAUCCAAAUAGGAGUCCAAUCGUGCCAUUGAUCGAGUACAGAAAGAAACGCAACUUACCCAUGGGCGUCAUGCUUUCCAAAGAUGAAGAGUGGAAAAAAUUUCGCACUGUGAUGGAUAAGAAAAUGAUGAGACCACACGAAGUCUCAUGCUAUGCUGAUAGAAUCAACGAUGUCGGUGAUGAUCUCCUACAACGUCUUAAGCGUUGCCGCAGAGAUGAUGGAAUUAUACCUGAUAUCGAGAAAGAAGUUACUAAAUAUGCAGCAGAGUCCAUUGCAACGGUCUUAUUCGAAAAACGUCUGGGAAUGUUCAACGAACCAAUCGAUCCUAAAGUUGAAGAUUUCUACGAGUCUAUCACUAAACUUUUGCUAGCUACCAACGAAUUAACGGCCGUUCCCCCUUUUAUCUUCAAGUAUAUCUUUACUAAGAAUUGGAAAAAACUUGUUAAAUGGUCAGAUAAAGCUUUUCAAUUUGCUGAUGAUAUCGUAGAGGAGAAAAGGAAAGGACUUGAAAAGAAGAUAGCAAGUGCUGAUGACAUAACUCGAUCAGGCGAUAGAAUUGAUUUCCUUAGUUAUGUUAUAGCUACGGGUAAAUUAAAUCGAAGUGAGGCAAACGUGGCCAUGAUAGAGUUACUCUUUGCUGGAAUGGACACGGCAACCUCAACGAUUUUGUGGACCCUGUACAAUCUCGGUAAAAACCCUCAAGUCCAAGAUAAAUUAAGGAAUGAAGUUCGUAGCGUUAUGAAAGAUUGUAGAGAACCAGAUGCAAACUUAUUAGAGAAGAUGCCAUACUUGCGUUCAUGCGUGAGGGAAACUUUGAGACUUCAGCCAAUCGUUUUCGCUUUACCAAGAAUUACUGAUAGAGAUCUUGUACUAAGCGGAUAUAAAGUACCUGCCCAGAGUUUUGUCUUGAUUGGAAGCUAUAUUAUGGGCAGAGAUGAAUCAGUUUUCACUAAUCCGCAGCAGUACAUGCCAGAGCGAUGGCUAAGAGGCAGCGAUCGCCAAGGAUAUCAAAGCGAGAGUCGGUUUCAAUAUUUACCAUUUGGCUUUGGUCCGCGAAUGUGUCUUGGAAAACGUGUAGCAGAAAUGGAAAUACAAAGUUUAAUGGCAAAGUUAAUUUUAGACUAUGAAAUAAAAACGAUGAAUCCCACCGAAAACACUCCUGUUAAUAGGUUGCUCAUGGCUCCCAAGGAUAAGAUGCAAAUAGCUUUACAUGAUUUAGUAUAAGCUAAUUAGUCUAUCCUACGAAUUCGAUUAUAGUAUUAGACAUGUAAGAAAUGCUUUGAAUAUCUGAUAUAGUAAA